AUGCGCUUCCGUCUUCGUCUUUAUCUCAUCGACAAAGUCGUCCUCACUAUGUUCGUCUCGACACUCUGCAUCCUCUCCCGUCUUCUUUUCCGCCAGCUCCUCCGUCUCGUCCGCCUGGCUUUCCCCUCCCUUUCUCCCGGUGCUCUCCUUGCUGCUCUGUUUGUUUCUGCUGUCGCCCACCCCAUCUGGUGGAUGUUCGACCAGAAAGCGCUCCUCGAGCAGGAACACGAUAGGGCCUUGGAAGGUAUUUGGGUCUUCGUCCAAAGGAUCCAAGUGCCCGAGCCAGACCUGCAGCAUCCUGCCGAGGAAGCACGGGACAACGUCAAGGCGCGCGGGGGCAAGCGUCUCAACAACGUCAACAGUCCCAUCAUCAAGGCCGUGGCAGUGCAGCUACCCGUCCAAGACGGCAAUCCCUAUGCCGAAAUCGGCGAACACACGCCUGCGAUGGAUGAGGCCAAGGCCCUUCUUCUCCGCUUCGCUCCCACUGUCGACCGCCGCCAGCCGAUCCCCGUCUACGCGUGCAGGGACGGCAUUGUGGACAUGCGUCAACGCAUCUACUGGCCCGACGUUCAGCACCGCUUUGUAAAGCAGACAAAACUCUCGCCUGGGUUCCAAACCUGCUGCUACGCCCUGGCGUGUAGGAGCCUCGAGGUCACCUUCGCCUUCGUUGACGUUGUCCGCGCCGUGUGUGCCGUGUUCCUCGGACGCGUUGCUCUCAGCAUGGUCCUCCUCCGCGCUCCACAAACGGCCAUCUGGCUUUUUACGCGCGCGGACAUCCUGUGUGAGAAAAUCGACACCCCGCUUCGCACCUGGAUCCGUGAUGAGUACUGGAGCAUUGCCGACCGUUACCCGCAGUUUGCCAUGGGCCCCGACCCUCGUCCGUGA